CCCACCAUGACUACAUGUACUUUUACCAGUAUGAAACCAAUCCAGUCUGCGUUCCCUAGAACGACCACAGAACUGCCUUCCAUUUCUUCAUCCUCUUCCUCAUUGCCUCAACUGGGUGGCCAGAGCGGCUUCAGGAGAGUCUGCACCACAGAUGAACCCACUGCCUGUCCAAUCCCUGGACUGGCAGCAGGCGUGCUCGAAAUGAGAGUGAAGGAAGGGAGCAAGAUCCGAAACCUCUUGGGAUUUGUAAUGGCUCGUAUGCAGAGGGAGGAAGAGGAAGUGGAUGGGAGUCAGAUUCAGACCAUGCUGAGUGUGAAAGAGGGAGUGACAGUGGACAGGAUUCAGAUGGGGAAGAGGCAAGGAGAGGGAGUCAUGGACAUUGUCCGGAGUCAGACCCGGACCUGGCUGAGUGUGAAAGAGGGAGUGACAGUGGACAGGAUUCAGAUGGGGAAGAGGCAAGGAGAGGGAGUCAUGGACAUUGUCCGGAGUCAGACUCGGACCGGGCUGAGAGUGAGACAGGUGGUUUUCACUGGAUCAGGAAAAGGGAUCACCAAAACCAUAACAUGUGUUGAGAUCCUGAAACGGAAAGUGGGAGGACUACACCAGUUAUCCAAGCUCCACUACAAGACUGUGAGUGAGGUGUGGGAGAGUCAGGAGACUGACAUGACACCCAGGUCAAGGAUGACUGUUCAUAAGACUGUUCCUGCUAUCAGUAUCCUGCUCUCCAAACACCCAUUGGACCCAAGUGAGCCUGGGUAUCAGCCCCCAGAAACCCUGCAUGAUCCUAGCUACCAACCCCAAGGGUACCAGCCUCCUAGGUAUCAGCCCCCAGAAACCCUGCAUGAUCCUAGCUACCAACCCCAAGGGUACCAGCCUCCUAGGUAUCAGCCCCCAGAAACCCUGCAUGAUCCUAGCUACCAACCCCAAGGGUACCAGCCUCCUAGGUAUCAGCCCACAGAAACUCUGCAUGAUCCUAGCUACCAACCCCCAGGGUACCAGCCUCCUAGGUAUCAGCCCCCAGAAACCCUGCAUGAUCCUAGCUACCAACCCCCAGGGUACCAGCCUCCUAGGUAUCAGCCCCCAGAAACCCUGCAUGAUCCUAGCUACCAACCCCAAGGGUACCAGCCUCCUAGGUAUCAGCCCCCAGUGACGCUAUGUGACAGUGUGAAAAUUCAACCUCGACCACAGCUUGAACUCCGCAAAACACAACUGUUGUCAAUACCACUGACCCAGAAAAGCCAAAGCACUUUUUGGUUCCAGAAUGCCGGUACCUCUAGGUCUCAGGAGGGCAGUAGAGAUGCACAGAGCUGUACGCCACACCUGUAUGCCGCCUCGGAGAAAGAGAGGAAAACAGCAGGAGGAGAGAUACUCUACAGUCCUUGUUCAUACAUAUUGCCUGGUCCUGAAGCCAAGAGAACCUGUAUGGAGAACCACCUGUUCCCCUCGACUCCCUCAACUUGAAAGAAACUUGAGUUCCAUCUACUCUGUGCUCCUGUUAGACACAACAGAGAAAGAGGAAAGUGAGGAGACAACUGGAAGAGAUUGCUUUUGAGUAAAAGUUUAGGCUCUAGAAUAGAUUUAGGCUCUAGAAUAGAUUUAGGCUCUAGAAUAGAUUAUAAAAGGUGUAGUGGGUUAGGAACAACUAGUAAACCCCUACUUUUUCAAAUUAUACUUCAGUAGUUUGGAAAAAUGUCUCAUAAAAGUAUGCUAAAAUGCUAAAUAAAUGUAAUGUAUGUUAUGAUAACGUGCAACCCCCCACCCCCUUGUGCAUGCUCAUGGUUAGGUCUUCAGCUGCUAGCUAACGUCCUUGAAGUCGUCACUAGUUACCACAGCCACAAAGUCAUAAACCUCGCCCAUUU